AUCGCAAAGCUUGGCAACAAAUCUUUGUUGAACCGUGAAGAAGUUCUUCCGUUUUACACCGGAAGUUGUCUGUAUUUCCGUGGCGUUCGACGAGUUUUUGUCGUUGUGCUACAAUUUUUAGCUGCACUUCAGUAAAAGGGUUUUGUUUGUAAAUCCGCUGCCAUCAUGAAACUCGUCCGGUUUUUGAUGAAAUUGAGCCAUGAAACGGUUACCAUUGAGCUGAAGAAUGGCACCCAAGUCCACGGCACCAUCACAGGUGUGGAUGUGAGCAUGAACACUCACCUGAAAGCGGUGAAGAUGACCCUAAAGAACAGAGAGCCCACACAGCUGGAGUCACUGAGCAUCCGCGGCAACAACAUCCGCUACUUCAUCCUGCCCGACAGCCUUCCCCUCGACACCCUGCUGGUAGACAUUGAGCCCAAAAUCAAGUCGAAGAAGAGAGAGGCGGUGGCCGGCCGUGGACGUGGAAGAGGACGUGGCAGAGGAAGAGGACGAGGACGUGGAAGAGGCGGGCCGAGGAGAUGAAUCAUUUAAGUCUCCCUCGUUUUUCCAGUGUGUACAGGACUUGUUUUUCCCAUUUGGAAAUAUUGAUUCAUUUUUCUUUUGUACAUUAAACAACUUUUUUUGAAGAGUG